AUGAAUGAUCAUAUUGAUGAAUCAUCUACAACGACGAAAACAUUUCGUUUUGGUUCAGGUCAACUUUUAACAUUGAAUGAAUAUCAAAUUGAAAAAAUUCCAUAUUUGACUGCAUUAGUCUCUGCUGGAUCUAGUUUUGAUUCAGUCAAAGUCGAUGAAGGAUACUAUUUACUCGAUUCUCGCAUCGACUAUCAAAAUUUUCUAUUUGUUCUUAAUUCAAUUUCAUUUCAUUCAAUACGACAAAUAUUUAUUCAUCUAUCUAAAAUUUAUAAUAUUUUGGCUAUUAUUGCUCUUAUGGAUUUUCUUGCUAUCG